UCAAGUCUUAAAAAUUACUUAACUGAAAAAAGGGGGCAGCGCUGUAUAUAUCAUGGUGUUCCUUGAUGUUAGCCAGCAAUAACAGAAAUGUGUAUAGUGGCCAUGAGGGCGAUCUUGAUUGUUGAAAAGGGAAGAUAGUGGCUUGAAAUGUGUGUUGGGCACCACAAGGACCCUCCCAGAAGCACUUGGUGACAUCAGAAUUAGAGAUGGCAAUGUAUUGUAAGUUAUCCAUUUUGCAGCUAAUUUGGUUUGUUUUAUUGGCUACAUUGCAACAAAUAUUUUUGUAUAUUAGUAUUUUUAUUAGUGACCGUAUCAAAGCUGGUAAGGGAGGAUGACAAUCUUACUGAAGAAAAAACCAUGGUGGUGCUUAACUCUAUUAUUGCGCGGUCAUUUUUGGGGGAUAUGGGCAAAUUGUUCAGUGGUGAUGAAGAAGACAUUGGAUUAGACAUAAAGAUUCAGAUAGUGAAGUGCUCUAAGUCUGCUGAGCCCACUGCUGACACUGCGCUUACCACUGGUACUGUGCGUGCUGUUAUUAUGUUUGACAUCAGCACUGCAGGUAUUGCCAAGCCAAUUUACGUCCCACCUCCUGGCUUGUCUCCCUAUCCUGUUGUCAGUAGAAUCAUCUUUGAGUUAAUUGAACUAGUUUUAUCUGUUGUGACCAUUACUGUCAAAUAUGUUAUUGACAACAUUGUCUAUGGCAGGAACCGCCAAAUUAACAUUCAGAAUUUUGAACCAAUGGUAGAGUUGGCGAUAGCCAGCCAAAUUGAUGCUCGCCCAGCUGGAGACCCGAUAUUGAUUAACAUUAAACACAUUCGAAAUGAGUUUAGAGGACAGAUCGACCAGCAUUACGAAUCACGUGGUUCAUCGGCCACUGUUUUGUCUGUAAAUAAAGCUGAAGUGUUGGUAUUAACGCCCACACUUUCUCCUGUAUUGACACCUGCUUGCACUUGCCCUUGUUCCUCAGAACCUGCAACUAUUCCUGUGGCCAAACGCAGGCGUGGACGGCCGAUAAAAGUUGCUACCACCCAGUAAUUUGCUUCCACUUUUAUUUUUUAUCUUGAUAUUUUAACUUUU